UGAAAACAAGAUGGCUGUGCGCGUGCGAGCGGAGGACUAACGACCGGAGCUUUCACGAGACGUCCCGAACAGAACAGAAACCCGCAAGGCUGAGAGGAGAAACUAAAGCGUGAAGCUUUGGAGUUGGAAAUCCUUUGCUCUUCUUUUUUUUAAUAUAUAAAAGGCGUCAGGGGAGGAGUGAGUGUGUGUGCAUGUGCGUGUGUGUGUGCUGAACGCGGGGCGUGUGUAAACCGGACAUCACCGAAUCACGGCACGUCCAGGCUGUCCCGUUCUCGACCGGUAAUCUGGUAGAGGACAGCGGAGGACAGCAAAAAAAAGCACACCGGCACUCUGAGAAGCGAUGUCACUUCUGUGUGUUGGGGUGAAGAAAGCCAAGCUCGAUGGACCACAAGAGAAGUUUAACACAUAUGUGAGUCUGAAGGUUCAGAAUGUUAAGAGCACGACAAUCGCAGUGCGGGGCAACCAGCCGAGCUGGGAGCAGGACUUCAUGUUUGAGAUAAACCGGUUGGAUCUGGGUUUGACGGUGGAGGUGUGGAAUAAAGGUCUGAUCUGGGACACCAUGGUGGGCACCGUCUGGAUCCCGCUGGAGAGCAUCCGCCAAUCAAAUGAAGAGGGUCCAGGAGAGUGGCUGACUCUGGACUCCCAGGUCAUCAUGGCCGAUAACGAGAUCUGCGGCACCAAAGACCCGACGUUCCACCGGGUUCUUCUCGACACACGCUUCGAACUGCCACUGGAUAUCCCUGAAGAGGAAGCUCGCUACUGGGCUAAGAAACUGGAACAGCUCAAUGCCAUGAGAGACCAGGAUUAUUCGUACCAGGAGCAGCAGGAGAGGCCACUUCCUGUUCCCGGGAGCCAAUGCUGUAACUGGAAUUUGUGGGGAGAUCAGCAGAACGAAGACCCAGAUAGUGCGGUGGAUGAUCGGGACAGUGAUUACCGCAGUGAGACGAGUAACAGCAUCCCACCACCGUUCUAUAGCACAUCCCAGCCCAAUGCCUCAGUCCAUCAGUAUCCCAUGGGUCAGCAGCAUCGCUCCAACCGAACCACCUACACCCACUCUAUCCACAGCUGUGACAUCAUCGACUAUGACCACCAGAGAGCAAUCAGUCCGGCAGGAAGCUAUGCAUCAUCAGCAGAGUUGAGCCACUGCAGCUCACAGCUAAGUGAGGAGGAGUACGGUGAGCGUGAACUGUAUGAUGAGAAUGACUCUUACCACUCAUGCCACUCAUCCGUGUCCUACAGCAAAGGCUCUCCCGACUGGGAACCAGACGAGACCACAGGUGCCUACAGUGAUGAAGGUGCCUACAACAAAGAUGGCGGUGAGGAAGGUGCCCUUUAUGAAGAAGAUGGUGACCCGUAUGCUGAAGAUGCAGACUUGUACGAGGGCGAAGAGGAGGACUUCAACUACAAUGAUGAAGAUCUGUACCCUGUGGAUGAGGUUCUCAGCGAAGAUCAGGAGCCUCCAUACACCCCAACCCCUACCAGCACUGCACCUAAACUGGGUGUGCCAUCAGCCUCCAGGCCACCCCUGGAAAAACAGCCAUCCCUGCAUCAGCAACCACCAACCCAGCAGGCACCACCGGGCCAGAAUGCAAACCAGAUGGCCAGUCCAGCCCCUACACAACCAACAAACCAAGCUCCUACCCAACCACCACCAACCAAUCAAGCUGCAAACAAACCAAACCAAGCCCAGCAGCAGGCCAGGCCACCUCUCCAACAACAGCAUUCAACAGGUCCCAUUCCAUCUGUCCAGUCCUUCUUUGCUAUGGCUAAACCUCUAACUGCUGUUUUUGGGCUGGGUGGAUCUAUGUCAAUGUCCUCACAGCCUCCCGCACCCACACCCCAACCACAAAGACCACAACCACAACCUGCAGUGCCUCAGCCCCAAGCUGCACCAGUCCAACCUCCUGCUUCUGGAGUUCAGCAAGCAGCUCCAACCCCAGCCAAAUCCAUUGAAUCCCCAACCCAGCCUCUUACAACCACUGCUCAACCCUUAUCCCCCGUAGCCAAGCCUACCACACCAACAGAGGAAACACGGAUCACUGAGGAACCGCCAGUGCAAGAGCAGCCACCUCCAAUGGAUGAGGAGGUUCCUGUAGAAGGGUCUCCUCUUGAGGAAAAAGAGAGAGAGAUCACCUCUCCAACACCACCACCAGAGGAGAAGGAACUAGAGCCUGAACAGGCAGACAGAGAGCCAGAAGUUGAGGAGGUGAAGGAGCCUGUAGACCCAGCAGUACGAGCUAAAGAGAACUGGCUACGGCUCUUCAACAAGGUCCGACAGCAGCUGCAGGAGGAACGGGGAGAAACAGAUUCUCAGUCGCUUUGGUUUGGAAAGGGCGGAAUGGGAGGAGCCCUGUACAGCAUAGACAGCAUGCCUGACCUACGCAAGAGGAAAGCUAUUCCAUUAGUACGGGACUUGUCUUUGGUUCAGAACUCUCGUAAAGCCGGAAUCACAUCUGCUAUGGCAUGUAGCACACUCAACAAUGAGGAACUGAAGAGUCAUGUGUAUAAGAAGACCCUACAGGCUUUAAUCUACCCCAUCUCCUGCACCACCCCCCACAACUUCGAGGUGUGGACAGCAACUACACCCACCUACUGUUACGAGUGUGAGGGGCUGCUGUGGGGUAUCGCCCGGCAGGGCAUGCGCUGCACAGAGUGUGGGGUCAAAUGCCACGAAAAGUGUCAGGACCUGCUCAAUGCAGACUGCCUACAGAGAGCUGCUGAGAAGAGCUCUAAACACGGUGCAGAGGACCGCACUCAGAACAUCAUCAUGGUCCUGAAGGACCGCAUGAAGAUCCGCGAACGCAACAAACCAGAGAUCUUCGAGCUCAUCCAGGAGGUGUUUGCCGUGGUCAAGACAACCCAUGCGACCCAUAUGAAGCAGAUCAAGCAGAGCGUUCUGGAUGGGACGUCCAAAUGGUCAGCCAAGAUCAGCAUCACGGUGGUCUGUGCUCAAGGAUUGCAGGCUAAGGAUAAGACAGGCUCCAGUGAUCCCUACGUCACCGUCCAGGUGGGCAAGACCAAGAAAAGGACCAAAACCAUCUAUGGCAACCUCAAUCCUGUCUGGGACGAGAGUUUCCACUUCGAGUGCCACAACUCAUCGGAUCGCAUAAAGGUGCGAGUGUGGGACGAAGACGAUGACAUCAAAUCCCGUGUGAAACAGAGGUUCAAAAGGGAGUCUGAUGACUUCUUGGGCCAGACCAUCAUCGAGGUCCGGACUCUCAGUGGAGAAAUGGACGUCUGGUACAACUUGGACAAACGCACAGAUAAAUCGGCCGUGUCUGGAGCCAUCCGCAUGCACAUCAGUGUAGAAAUUAAAGGAGAGGAAACAGUGGCUCCAUACCACGUCCAGUAUACCUGCCUACAUGAGCACCUAUUCCACUACACCACUGAAGAGCAGAACGCCGGCGUGGUGAAGAUCCCUGAUGCUAAAGGAGACGACGCCUGGAAAGUCUAUUUCGAGGAGACGGCGCAGGAGAUCGUGGACGAGUUCGCCAUGAGAUACGGAGUGGAGUCCAUCUACCAAGCCAUGACGCACUUUGCAUGUUUGUCAUCCAAGUACAUGUGUCCUGGUGUGCCAGCUGUGAUGAGCACCCUGCUGGCCAACAUCAACGCUUACUACGCCCACACCACACAGUCCUCCAACAACGUCUCUGCCUCAGACCGUUUCGCUGCCUCUAACUUCGGGAAAGAGAGGUUUGUGAAGCUCCUGGACCAACUCCAUAACUCUCUGAGAAUCGACCUCUCUAUGUACAGGAAUAAUUUCCCUGCUAGCAGUCCUGAGCGACUGCAGGAUCUAAAAUCAACUGUAGAUCUACUCACUAGCAUCACCUUCUUCAGGAUGAAGGUCCAGGAGCUGCAAAGUCCUCCUCGAGCCAGUCAGGUGGUCAAGGACUGCGUGAAGGCCUGUCUGAACUCUACGUAUGAGUACAUCUUCAACAACUGCCAUGAGCUCUACAGUCGGGAAUAUCAGACAGAUCCGUCUAAGAGUGUUCCUCCAGAGGAGCAGGGCCCCAGCAUCAAGAACCUGGACUUCUGGUCCAAACUCAUCACCCUUAUUGUUUCCAUUAUAGAAGAGGACAAGAACUCCUACACACCCUGCCUUAACCAGUUUCCUCAGGAGCUGAACGUUGGGAAGAUCAGCGCUGAGGUCAUGUGGAACAUGUUCGCUCAGGAUAUGAAGUAUGCCAUGGAAGAGCAUGAGAAGCACCGGCUGUGUAAGAGCGCAGAUUACAUGAACCUUCACUUCAAAGUCAAGUGGCUCUACAACGAGUACUGCAAAGAGCUGCCGUGCUCCAAAGGCUGCGUGCCCGAGUACCCUACGUGGUUCGAACCAUUCGUGAUCCUUUGGUUGGAUGAGAACGAGGAAGUGUCCAAGGACUUCCUGAACGGUGCCCUGGCGAGGGACGCGAAGGACGGGUUCCAGCAGACGUCAGAGCAUGCCCUGUUCUCCUGCUCGGUGGUUGACGUUUUCUCUCAGCUGAAUCAGAGCUUUGAGAUUAUCCGGAAGUUGGAGUGUCCUGACCCUCAGAUCGUUGGCAACUAUAUGAAGAGAUUUGCCAAGACUAUUGGGACUGUACUUCUGUCUUACGCUGAAAUCAUUGCCAAGGAUUUUCCCAACCAUUGCAAUAAGGAGAAAGUGCCUUGCAUCAUCAUUAAUAACAUCCAGCAGCUCCGGGUGCAGUUGGAGAAGAUGUUUGAGGCCAUGGGAGGGAAAGAUCUGAACGUGGAGGCCAGUGACUUCCUGAAGGAGCUGCAGGUCAAACUGAACAACGUGAUGGACGACCUGAGCAGGAUCUUCGCCGUCAGUUUCCAGCCUCACAUCGAGCAGAGUGUGAAACAGAUGGGCGACAUCCUGAGCCAGGUAAAGGGUGCUAACGUUCCCACAAACGGAAACGGCAGCCUCACACAGGACGCUGACAACGUGCUUCAGCCCAUCAUGGACUUCCUGGACAGCAAUUUGACAUUAUUUGCGAAGAUCUGUGAGAAGACGGUGCUGAAGCGAGUCCUCAAGGAGCUGUGGAAGCUGGUCAUGAACACCAUGGAGAAAACCAUCGUACUUCCUCCACUCACUGACCAAACCGGCACACAGCUCAUCUUCAACGCUGCUAAAGAGCUGGGUCAGCUGUCCAAGCUAAAGGAGCACAUGGUGCGAGAGGAAGCCAAAGCACUCAGUCCAAAACAGUGUGCAGUUAUUGAGCUGGCACUGGAUACUAUAAAGCAAUACUUCCAUGCUGGUGGCGUGGGCCUGAAGAAGACAUUUUUGGAGAAAAGCCCGGACCUGCAGUCUCUGCGCUACGCUCUAUCACUCUACACACAAGCCACGGACAAACUCAUCCGCAAAUUCGUCCAGUCACAGCACAAUCAGGUUCAUGGAGGUAAAGGGGUGAGGUGCACUCCGACUGAGGAUGUGUACCCAGAGAAGGCCUCGGGUGUGGAGGACGCUGUAGGAGAGGUGUGCAUGACCGUGGAGCUCCUCAGCGACCCUAACAAUGGCGGACACAAAAUCAACGUUAAAGUGGUGGCAGCCAACGACCUGCGCUGGCAGACUCAGGGCAUAUUCCGGCCCUUCGUGGAGGUCUACAUCAUUGGACCUCACCUCAGCGACAAGAAGAGGAAGUUCGCCACCAAGUCCAAGAACAACAGCUGGUCCCCGAAGUUUGCAGAGUCCUUCCAAUUCGUCCUGGGUAGCGAGCUGGGUCCCGAGAACUACGAGCUGCAGGUGUGUGUGAAGGACUACUGCUUUGCACGAGAGGACCGCACAGUCGGCAUGGCCGUGCUGCAGCUAAAAGACCUGGUGCUGCGAGGCGGCGGAGCCUUCUGGUUACCGCUGGGCAAACGUGUGCACAUGGACGAGACAGGUCUCACCGUGCUGCGAAUCCUCUCACAGCGCAACAACGAUGAUGUGGCCAAAGAGUUCGUCAAGCUCAAAUCGGACCAGCGCUCGGCCGAGGAGGGCCGCGGGAGUUAGGAGCGUGAAGAUCCGUGUCCACGCCGGACACAUGCACAGGAAUGAAAAAGAUGCACACAUACACACACAUCAACAUGCACCAAGUGAACAGGAGAGUUGUUGAGUAAACACUGACUUGUAUAAAGACUAAUGUGAGAUAGAGAAACGCUGUUGUGCCUCACCAGUGGCGUAACAUAAAUCUCUGCUUAAGCACUAAAGCAAUCAAACCUGAUUCAAGCAAAUAAUGAUGUCAGAGGCGUCGCUCUUUCAUCUUUGCCUUUUUUUUGUAAAGGGAACUCCGCUGUGACAUCCGAAAAACGCAACAGUAUAGACACAUACACGGCCAUUUCAAGCCCAGUCUGAUUUUUGCAUUCUAGCUCUACAGUAGACUUAAGCAUGCCUCAAAGCUUAUAUAAACAAACAAUGAUGUGAUUAACGGUACACGUGUCACAUAAACAGAUUUUCCUACGUGCUUUUCGACCCUCUGUCAUAAAAAAAAACGUCACUGUAAGAAGCAUUAGCCAUCACUCAGUCGUGCAGCGAGCAAAAGGCAGCACUAUAACCAUAUGUUAGCGAUCCACGCAUGGCUUCGAGUCGGCACAUCGAUCCUCCGUACUCUACUCUUACAGGUGUAGACCAGCAUGCUGCUCCUCCCUGCCUACCCACAAUGCACUGCUGCUUACAGGAGCUACAUGUGCUCUCUCUCAUCCACUCACGUUUUAUAACCAGACAAGUGUAAAAAAAAAAAAAAUCCAAAACAUGAUGGGGCUCAAUAUUUUCGUGUUGUUUUGGAAACUUGACUUUGCACUUAAGCCUCUGUUGCAUGUUUUUAAGUCCAGUCUCAGUCGCGUGUUUCUAUUCUAUCUGUCCGUCCGGUCCGGUCAGAACGUGCCGUUUCUGCUGUCCUCUUGUUACGUUGUGCAUGAUGAAGCCAAGCCACUUUAUCACUGUGACUCUCUCCUCAUGUCCGCCUCGGCCGCUGUGCGUUAUAGAGCUUUAGGUUGUUUGAUUUUGUGAGUCCGAUGGUUCUGGGAAAUCUACAACCAAAACUGAUAGUUGGAGUCGUGAAGACUGAGUACGCUGUUAUACACCUCAUGUUCAGAGUAAUGAAGAAGGGAUUGAUGUGGCAAAAAUAUCAGAAUAUCGCGAUACAGUUUAAGACAUUUCACAAUAUAUCGGCUUGCGAAACAAAGUGCUAUCUGAAGAGUAAGGGCAUGACAACUCGCUGAUCAAUGAAAACAAAAAACUUUUGGAAAAAUUGAUUUUUACCCAUCAGUAACCUCCUUCAUAUCAGUGAUACGCACAAUACUCUCAGAAAUGCAUACGUAGUUUAUCAAAACAUCUCGGUGCUCUCUGGUGUCAUAUCACUCAGCCUUUUAAUAACAGAAUAUUCAGAUUUCUUGUUAUCAUACACCAAAACGUGAACGGAGACAAUAGAGGGAGACAUCAGCCUAAAAAAAAAAAAAAAACGCUGGGUACAUCUUUGUAUGCUAGCAGUGAGGAUUAUGACGAUAACCAAAUAUGGCUUAAAAAUCCUGUCAGAAAUUGUUAGGUUAGCUCGUGGCUAGCUGUUAGUGUUAGCAAUUAGGAUUAUAAACUUUUAUAAAUAUGACAAAAAGUCUCUCAGAAAUGAUCAGCUUGAUUUAUUUUACCAAGCUGAUUCAUUAAAAUCAUUAACAAUAUCUUAGAAAUCUUAAAAAAUCCUGUCAGCUUAGCUUGGCGAGCUAGCACUCAUAACACUGAGUAUUAUGAAUAUUUAUGAAUAUCAUCUCAAAACCUUUCGGAAAUCCUGUCUAAUGUUAGUUGACUAACUAUAUAUGAAUAUGAAGAUUCUGAAUAUGUCUUUAAAAAUGUGCCAGGUUAGCUAAUGUUGGCUAGCUGGCUAGCAUUAGCAGUACAGAUAAUGAACAUUUAUGAAUGACUUAAAAAGUCUCUCAGAAAUCCUGUCAAGUUAACUUAUUUUUGCUCUCUAGCAGAUUAAUAACAUUAUGAAUACAACUUUAAAAACCUGUCAGAAAUUCUGUCAGGUUAGCUCACACUGGCUAACUGGCUCACAUAUGAAGAUUAUCAACAUUAUGAAUAUGACUUUAAAAAAAUCCUCUCAGAAAACCUGUCAGGUUAGUUGUUAUUUUCUAGCUAGCAGGUUUAGCAAUGAAUAUUAUUUUUUAACAUUUAUGAAAAUGCCUCAGAUAUCCUGCCAAGUUAUUUCACCCAGCUAGCUAAAAGUUCCUUUUAAGACUUCCUAAAAAUUCCUGACUUAGAAGCUCUGUCAGUUAGCUAACUGGCUAGCUAAAAAUCUGUCUUAAAAUUUAGUUCAUUUUGGCUAGCUGGCUGUCACAUGGAUGCUUAAUAUUUUCUCUGGCAAUACAUUUUAAGCUGGAAAUUAUUUCUUCCGCUUGGAAUUCUUGUCAGGUUAGUUCUCAUUGAACAGCUAGAAAUAUGAACUAAAAUCCUGUCAGGUUAGCUCACGUUGGCUAGCUAAAGACUAUUAACAUUAUGAAUUUGACUUCCUCUCAGAAAACCUGUAAGGUUAGCUUAUUCUUGCUAGUUAGCAUGGUUAACAUUUUCUCAAAUUGCUUCAAAACUCCUGCCAUACUGACAGCUAGCUAAAACUUUAAAACAUCAUUGGAAAUCCUGUCAGGUUAGCUAAAAAUAUGACUUCAAAAUCCUGUCAGAUUAGCUCAUGUACUCUAGCUGGUCAUAUUAUUAACAAUUCCUAGUCUUCGCUUAAAUCUUAGGUUAGCUUGCGCUACAUAGCCAGCUUUAAUGAUCAUUUUAUAUUCUAUUUUUAUUUUGUUAUAUGAAGAUUCUUCAGACUUUCUGUGAAUGAAACAGUUUUUUUUGUAAUGAAUGAGUGAGUGCCUCUUCCUUCUGCCUCUCUCAGUCAUUAAUACGAGUCCGGAGGCCGGAUCGUCGACAGUGUGACAUCCGACCCCAGAGGUUCGCACUGCAGCUUAUCUAAUAUCUAAAAGUGUUACUCAGUAGUGUUCAAUGUGGCUGGAUCUUUAGUCCAGGAUUCUGCCAAAAAAGCACCGUCUAUGGUCAGAUACUGGUCAGAUCACGGAUGAACCAGACUGCAUGUCCGUGGCAUGUGGACUCGGCUGCGCUUUGCUCAUGUUUUAAUGUAAUCUAGUGUAAACUCGUCUGUCUUAAUUCUACAGCAAUACUGAAGGCCGAGACUAAAACUAAGAGCCGUGUGGAGAGGAAACCUGAAACACACACACACACACACACACACAUGCCAAAUAGACAUCCAUUCAGGAGGAUGCGCAGGCCUGUACACCAUGUUAGUUUUCACAACACUAGUUGAGUAUUUAGGAACAGUGUGAAGCACAGGACACACACGUCAUUUCAGGUAUGUAAGAGUUUAUUAGCAGUAAACCGAAGGGCAUCGCUCGCACCUUUCCUGCACUUUUCACUUAACGAUCAAUUCCAGAAGUGUUCUUGUCUCUUUGAGGGCUGUGUAUGUGUUCAUACGACGGAAGACAGCCAGUCAUGGAUCGAUAGCCAUCCAAGUUUGCUGUUAAACCAUAGUGCAAUUAAACGCAGUCACAGUGGUCAGCUUCGGACUAGAAUAUUAAAUGUUUACAAGGCAGAGUGUUUCAGCACAAAUCGCUUGCACAUUUUUUUGUCGUUGUUGUUGUUGUUGUUGUCAGGAAGCAGAUAACAAAAUGGGUCGAGUUCGAAGAGUUCAGUAGAAGUAGGUCUCUUAUAACAUUACAGUGGGCUUGAACGUCCAAACCAAACAAAACACAGCUCUCACACCGGCACCGUGUCCACGGGAACGGAUACAGUCACACACGCUUGAAAGAAUUAGUUUAAAAUGACUCCAAAUUUGCGUCAAUCAGCCAGCAUUUAUCCGGCGUCUGGAGUUUGCUUUAGUUUUGCACUGAAGCUGAGGUUCCUGAACAUUAAAGGAAGCUACUGAGGCUACUCAGAUGGAUGAUCUCAUGUGGGUGUGAAUUUGUAGCAGCUGUAACUUCUCGCUCUCUCAUCAGCCUCGAUUUUUCUUUUAAAAUGAAUAAGACAUUAUGGUUUGCCAUUCUACCAAGUAACCAUACAGUGUAACAUGUCUCUGUUCUGAAGACUUCCACAUGGAGGAAAGCUUACUGAGCGUUACAAAGCUCCUCCCAUUAAUGGGAAAUAAACAUCUCCUUACAGAAAGCUUCACUGUAUCCACAGUAACAUGCUUUAUUUUUUUAUUAAAUAACACAAUUUUUAAACAUCCGAUCUAGUCUUGGAUACUGUGCAUCAUAUUUUAAUUGUAUGAGCAAGUUGUUACUAUAGCAACGAUAGCAUUGUCAGAAAAUUGUUUUGUAGACAUUAGCAUGUUGAAUAUGAGCUAAGAAUCCAACAGAACUGAUAUAUACACGAUUAUGCUUUCUGUUUCACGUUCGUUUACAUACAACAUACACCGAUCAGGCAUAACAUUAUGACCACUGACAGGUGAAGUGAAUAACACUGAUGAUCUCCUCAUCAUGGCUCCUGUUAGUGGGUGGGAUAUAUUAGGCAGCAGGUGAACAUUUUGUCCUCAAAGUCGAUGUGCUAGAAGCAGGAAAAAUGAGGAUUUGAGCGAGUUUGACGAAGGGACAAAUUGUGAUGGCUAGACCACUGGAUCAGAGCAUCUCCAAAACUGCAGCUCUUGUGGGGUGUUCCCGGUCUGCAGUGGUCAGUAUCUAUCAAAAGUGGCCCAAGGAAGGAACAGUGAUGAACCGGCGACAGGGUCAUGGGCGGCCAAGGCUCAUUGAUGCACGUGAGGAGCGAAGGCUGGACCGUGUGAUCCGAUCCAACAGAAGUUAAUGCUGGCUCUGAUAGAAAGGUGUCAGAAUACACAAGUGCAUGACGGGUCAGGGCUGUUUCAAUAUUAGGCAGGUGGUCAUAAUGUUAUGCCUGGUCAAUGUAAUCUGCUGAGAGAUUGUUAGUUACAGGAUCCUUCAGUGCAAAACUUAUCAAGCUUCAGGCACUUGAUAUAUCCUGGAUGAUAGACUACAUUUGAGGUAUUGUGGCAUUUGAUAAAACUAGUCGCAUCUCCAUGAGGGCUCGCACCAAACACACACACACACACACACACACCCCUGGAGAAACUCGCACUCACAGACCCGCCCAAGCACAAACAGGCAUGAAGAUUACCCCAUGUGCAUGCGUGCAUGCCUGCUGCCGUGCCGUCCACGUGCUGCCCACGUCGUGAAUAGAAACUAAGUGCAUGAAGGGGAAUCGAAUGUUUAUUGUGCCAGCACGUGUCUUUCUUUCUUUCUUCUUGUUUUUGUUUUGUUUUCUUUUUCUUUUCUUUUUUUUGGUGUUUAUCCUGCCAACUGUCGAAGGAUUUAUCUUUAUAUUUUCAUUUCGGUGUUCAUAUUUUCAAAUGUAUUUAUUUUUAUCAAAACAAAACAAAAAAAAAAAAUAAGCCUGUGAAUAAACGUGUCCAAAAAUAAAAAAAUUAAAAAUGAAUGUAGCGUGUACAAGCAUGAGAGGAUGUUUUUAUACCGGGGAUGUUUCUAAUUUUUAUUUUUGAUCAUUAUGAUAGUUUCUUAAUCAGAACAGUGGUGGAUUAUUGCAGCAUUGCUUCC